AUGACCUGGGCGUUGACCGGUGACAAGGAAGAAGCAAUGCGUUUCUCCAAUUGGAAGAGCAUGUUGAGACAAGCACGACAGCCCUCACGGGAGAUGCCAGAAGCAAUGCAGGUCCUGUCCUCGUCACCUAUGACUGAGGCCCAAGGGCACAACCCAGACGCAGAAGUGUUUGACCACCUUUAUCACAGACUCUCUUUCCGUUCUAUGUUGAAUGGUUACGACCCGCCUGAUAUUCCUGAAGCUGAGAUAAGGAGGAAGUGGGAGGUACUUAAGCUCGUUGGGAAUAAUGAUGACGAACGCUUUCCAACGACCAAACGAGCCACCGACUUCUGGAACUGGUGUGGAUUGAGGCCAGAGAGAUGGGACAUAGUUCCGGACCAGGCUCUCUGGGAAGAGUUCACUCGAGAAUUCGAACUGCACGGAGGCUACCCCGAUGCGAGGACGCAGGCAUUUCCCGAUCUGGCCACAUGGGAAACAGUCCUCGGAAAGAAACUUUUGCGACCCAACCUCCUCAAUGGCAUAUCAUCCAAGGAUAAUCUCGACUUGACAGGGAUGCAGCUGGCUUGA